AUGACUGCAGCGGCGGUGCCAAAUGCGGUACUGCCGGGACAGGCACAUGCCGCCCUUGAAGGCUUUACUUUGGGUGAUCUGGAUCUCGACAAUUCAACCGCCCUGACACCGGAUGACCUGGCCACUUUUGACAUCGACGACGACAGAGUCAAAAAGGACUCUCAGGACAUGCUCCAUUUGGCGAUGCUUUUUCACAUGAAUCCGGACGAUCGAAGCAAUUUCUUUGACAAGCAACGUCCCGCUGUCGGAAACGAUGUCAACAGUCCGGAAAAGAUUCCCAAGGAGCUGGCAGACCUGAAGGCAAGAGUUGGCGAUCUACGUGGACUCACUGGUGGCGAGGAAUGGGCCAAAAUAUUCUACUUCAACGCCAUCGAACCAAAGUUUGUCGAAUCCGUAGGCCAGAAGCUCAAGACCUCUCCUCAGUCACUCAAUAACCCACUCACGCGUCACUGCACGGUCUUGCAAUGCUUGUAUCCUAUGACGAUCGCAGAUCCCGACAAGAAGCCCGAGACUAUCCCAUUGGACCUCCGAUACGCAGAACUUGUCAAGAGAUGGAUUAAGGCAGGUCAAGCCCACCUCGGUGCCUACAUCGCGGGCGUCGCCGAUUUGCAAGAAAGUGUUGUCAAUGCCUUCCGCGACUGGGUGUACAUGAUCCUCAAGGAUCAAGACUCCUCUGGGGAAGUCCUUCACAAGCAACUGAAGGAGAACCCUCUUGAGACCAACAAGUUUCUCCAAGGCCAGGCUCCGGGGCAAAUCGCUGGCAUGUAG